AACAAAGCGCCCUCUGGCGGCCAACCCGCAACCGCCCGGCGAGGGGAGAGACUGCGAUGGCACCGCGAUCCGGGGUUGCUCAGCACAGGGAAGGCUUUCUGAUGCGUCACGUUCCUCGAGUAUUUUAUUGAAUCGGGAACUUUGCAACCCUUCAUCUCUACUGUGUCCGCAGGCAGCUAAUGACACAGCACGGUUACGAGCUUCACAUGCUAAGUCAGUCCACGCCGACUGCAGAGUGUAGCUGAGUACAAACAGCUUCUCUGCCCCUGAGGCUUGGGUGUAUUGCAGCCCUCUGUUUGCUCGGGUACAGCAUCUCAGGAUGCACCUGCAAAGUAAAGCUGGUGGGAAAGAUGGACUGUUUUUGUAAUAAACAAAGGAGAAGAUGUCACAGUGUUGGUUCACACUUCCUUGAUGUACACUGCUUAAAGUAUUCAUGCUUCUUGUGGUCAUCUGAGCACUUCACCCGUGGAUAUCCAGGCACAUAUGAUCACAGUGACUCCGAACGGACUCGAUCAGAACGGAGGUCCACCGACGCCUCUGCAGAUUCACGUAGUGAAACUCGCACCUUCCCGUGCUCGAUAGCGCCGCCCCUUCACCCCCGACAGGUUCCGAUGGGGCGGAGCGCGGAGCUCAGCUUCCAGGCGCCGCGCAGCCCUGCUUCAUGCCCGGCUCCUCUCCAUAACAGCGCCCCCUGCCACGGUACGGAGGUAUGGAGGAGCUUCUUCCUCUGCUUCAAACACCUGGGCACGGCUUUGGAAAUAGAGAGCAUCAAAAAACACGCUCUUAGAAACCACGGAUUUUGUUCUUUUGCUCUUUCUUUUCGUGGCACCGCACUUUCAAUCCUUUCUGUUGUCUACACAGCAGUACUUUCGUCCUGCUCCUUGUCUUUUUCAGUAACAGAGAAAAUAAAGUUUCUGUUCAUCCUUCCUGCUCUCCCACGUUGUUUCAUAUCUUCUCUCUCAGUCACCCUUCUGGAGAUGCCCAGAUACUCUCCAGGCUCUGCAGAUUAGCAGAUCAGCAACAGAAAGGUUUAAUUAAGAUAUGAUGAAGUAACUCCAAAUAAAAGCUAGAAUCUAUUUUUUAAUCUUUAC